CUCGCUGCCGCUUCCGCUGCCACUUCCGCUUCCGGGAGAGGCGACCGCAAUGGCGGUGCUGGCAUCCAACCCCAACAACCCGGUCGUCUUUUUCGAUGUUACUAUCGGCGGGCAGGAGGUCGGCCGCAUGAAGAUUGAGCUGUUUGCCGACGUUGUACCCAAAACGGCAGAGAACUUCAGGCAGUUUUGUACAGGUGAAUUCAGGAAAGAUGGUGUCCCUAUAGGUUAUAAAGGAAGCACUUUCCACAGGGUAAUAAAGGAUUUCAUGAUCCAAGGAGGUGACUUUGUAAACGGAGACGGCACUGGAGUAGCCAGUAUAUAUAGGGGUCCUUUUGCAGAUGAAAACUUCAAGCUGAAACACUCUGCUCCUGGGCUGCUCUCUAUGGCAAACAGUGGUCCGAGUACCAACGGCUGUCAGUUUUUCAUUACAUGCUCCAAAUGUGACUGGUUGGAUGGAAAACACGUUGUGUUUGGUAAAAUUGUCGAUGGGCUGUUGGUCAUGAGAAAAAUUGAAAAUGUGCCUACGGGUCCAAAUAACAAACCCAAACUGCCAGUUGUGAUCUCUCAGUGUGGGGAAAUGUAAAGCAAUGAAACGGAAAUGUGGUAAAUAAGGCUGCCUGGCAGAGAGGUUCCUGUCAUCUUGGGAAUCUCCAGAACCUUUCUAUGUGCAGCCUUACUCUGAAGCACAAGAAAUGGGUAUGGCACAGACUUCCAUCGGCAUGAGUUUGCUGGGCUCUGAGGUGAGUUGCGUUGUAAAGAAAUGUUUGUAAAACCUCCCCUGGCACAUAACAGCACUAGGUCAUCAGGCCAUGGGUGUUACCAGGAAUUUACCAGAGUGCUACAAGGGUGUUGGAGCAGGGCUUUGGGCUAGGAAGCAGAGAAUGAUUAUGCUGUAGGAGGAGAAAUGGGGGCUCCUUAUCCUGCAUGGUUACAAAGAGCGCAGCUGAGGCUGCAGGUUGGUGGAAAAACUGACUUUUUUCUCCCAGAAGCAGGUUGCAAGCUCACCUACCUGCUGGGGGACAAGAAAGCACCCCUCAUGGGGGCUGGGCUACAGUGUGAGUUUUCUCAUCCAGCAGAUUAAAUGUAAAGGAGUUGGGACAAAGUCUGUUCUGUCACGUGCAGGCGUUUCAUCCCAUCCAGAUACGUCCCAUCACUCCUUGGGCAGCAGGAGUGUAUUGGGUGGGGCUGUCUCGGGGAGGUGCAGUCCGUGCACUUGGCUUUUGUGUUAACCAGUGCUAGAUACCAAGCACUGACGUACUGGAGGACAGAUCCUGCAGGCGUGCUUUGGUGUGCUUUUUUUAUCUCGUCGCUGUUUAAAGUCCUUGAAGCAGGCUCUGGCUGUCAGGAUUUCCAGGUCUCCAUUCCUGGGAUUGCACAGCUGCUGAGGACACUCGUGCUCACUUCUCUCCAGCCUGAGGCAUCUCACCUUCUUGUACCUGCAGAAUGUCAGGUGAUGAAAGAAACACAAAGGACACCGUCCCUUUCCUCUCCAGCCCCAAAAAAGACUUUGCAGAGGGCUUUCUCCUGUGAGAUGAGGGUUGAAAAUUCCCGACAGGGAGGAGAAAACCGGAGCUGGGUGACAGCUGUGAGAUAAAGGUGACCAAAAAGAAACUCAGCUGCUGGUCCUGCUCAGGGAACGUGUCCAGAUGGCCCUUCCCUACGGGGUUUAGGCAGUAACUUGGCUCCAGGCGGCUCGGGGGAGCUGUGCCUGCCAGCUGCAGUGCUGAGGUUUGCAGUUCUGGCUGCGGGUACCCAAAUUCACCGUACUUUUUCACCAGGGAAACCAGCUUAUUUCUGGGUCCAGGCUCAGCGGCACUUUCUUGGCCUGAUGUAUUUAUGUCAGUGCAAUCAGCUAGUCUGACUUCCCACGUAGCAGGGGUCACAGAGCUUCCCCAAAUUAAUUAACAGCAGCAAAUCCAUUACAACCUCUUUGAAAGUUGUUCCAAUGGCUAACUAUAACCUGUUAGAUUUCUCUUUGAUGCUGAAUGCACAGAGUUCCAGCUUAUGUAUCCUGCUGUUCCUUAUCUGCAGGCUGAAAGUUUUCUCAAAGACCGCAUUUUUGGGUUUAAUUCCCGCAUGAUGAAGUCCCCUUUCAGUUAUGUUGUAUGUAGCCAGUCCUGGAAUCUCCUGCUGUAGAGCAGAUGAUGGAUCUUCUCUCUCUGAGCUCCAGCGUCUUCCUCCAACUGUGGAUGCUGCAACUGGAGACAGUGUUUCUGAUUGCCUUUUGAUUCAUCUGAGGAUCAGAUUAGCCUCUGGGCCCUGCAGUGUUGCUCCCCCAAAAGACAUUGUUAGCUGUUGGGUGGCCCAUGUUUUCUUCUGUAGGUGCAUGGCCCUGACAUCCUCACAGGCUUCAGCACUGAGAUUUGAAGUUUUCUCCCCAAUUUUCUCCCGCUAAGGUCUCUUGCAUGGUGGAUUCCCUAUUCGCCAUUACAUUUUAAGACUUUAUUUUUCAAUGGACUUACUGAGUAUCAUCCCAUUUUGAUAUCAUUCUGGUUUCAAGGUCACGAUCCUGAUGCAGAUCCCUUGCAGGAUUGUAUUAUUGUUUUAAAGCUCUCUCCUUUGUUAGCCGAGUUGGAGAUCUCAUGGAAAAGAUACCAAGACAGCUUGACAAGACCUAGGUCCAUAAACCCACAUUGGUUGUUGUGGUGGAUUGACCUUGGCCCCCUCUGAGCCCCUCACCUGGCCAUGGUGUGAUGUGGGAAACUGGGUCCCUGGCUUCUAUUGUUCACACUAGGAUGGGGGAACUGACAGUAUUUUGUGGGUGAUGCUGUAAGGGCUGAUCCCAAGGGGAUACACGUUGGUCACAAAGGUGGUGGAAUGAUGGGUCAGCUCCCAGAGACUUUCCUGGUGGCUGCUGGUGACCUUUUCUGUGGGAGGAAUCACAUAGCCAAGGGCAGGGCUAUGAAUCUGUAGGCCAACAACCACAUUUUUCAAGUGUCCAAGGAAAAUAACGUGGUGGACUAGAACACUGGGUUUCCCCUGGACCUUCCCUCUGGGGAAUCCGGCAGAGAUCCCGGAUCUCUCUGAGCCGCUGUAAGGUGAAGAUCAUGGGGAUGGAGGCGAAGAGGAAGUGAAGGGUGGUUGUUAGAGAAGGGCUCCAACCCAGCAGUGAUGCUUUCCCGACUGCCUGGGUGGGGAGGAGGGCUCGGGGCUCGGGGAGCUGCCCCACAGCCUCUCCCCAUCCCUCUGGCAGAGACGCUCCCCCGGGAAGGGAAGGGUAGGAUGCUUAGGAAAAGGCUAAUUAAGACUUUCAGGAGACCUCUGACCCGGGGCUGUGGCCUGGCUCUCCAAUGGCCCAAUUAGGAGGCAUUUAUCUUAACUACCCAGGCAGGUGCAAUCAAAGGAGCUCCGUGGGGAGCGAGGCAGAGGGGAGCAGAGCCACAGCCGUGCCUCCCCUGCGCCGAGGGGCUCGGGCAGUUCCCCCCC